AUGCCUUCGUUGAUGCAUUAUCUUUUUGUAGUUCCUAUUUUUACUGUAGUCAUUUUAAUUCUGGUCUACAUGUUUAAUAUCUAUAGUGAUCAAAGCCUUCAGAGGCUAAAUAUAACAAACACUUUAGUUCUAGCUAAAAUCUGCAAUUCAUUUAUCAAAGGGGAAACAUCUUUUCUGUUGGAAAACACGCUAACAGUAUCUGGGAAAUCUUGCAAGGAAUACUUGCUCCAAAGUCACUACAUAACAACUGCGCUUUCAAAAGAAGAGGCUGAGUUUCCUUUGGCUUAUGCAAUGGUCAUACAUAAGGAUUUUGAAACCUUUGAGAGACUCUUCAGGGCGGUUUACAUGCCCCAAAAUGUUUACUGUGUUCACGUGGAUGAGAAGGCGACAGUUGAGUUCAAAGAUGCUGUGGGGAGAUUGGUGAGCUGCUUCCCCAAUGCUUUCCUUGCCUCCAAAAUGGAGCCAGUUGUUUAUGGUGGAAUAUCCAGGCUCCAGGCUGACCUGAACUGCAUGAGAGACCUUGUAACCUCUGAGGUUCGAUGGAAGUACCUCAUCAACACUUGUGGGCAAGAUUUCCCCCUGAGAACUAACAAGGAAAUAAUCCAGCAUUUGAAAGGAUUUAAAGGGAAAAAUAUCACCCCUGGGGUGCUGCCUCCUGCACAUGCUGUUGAAAGGACAAAAUAUAUCCAUAGAGAGCAUCUGGGACUAGAGGCAUCUUAUGUAAUAAACACCAAAGCAUUAAAAACCCCACCUCCACACAAUUUGACCAUUUACUUUGGUUCUGCUUAUGUUGCCCUUACAAGGGAGUUUGUCAAUUUUGUUCUCCAAGAUCAACGGGCCAUUGAUUUCUUGCAGUGGUCUAAGGACACCUACAGUCCUGAUGAACACUUCUGGGUGACACUCAAUAGGAUUCCAGUUCCACUUAUUGGUAGGAAAGUUCUUCUGGGCUGA